UGGCCUGGGGCUCCCCACAGCCAGCAGCAUGUCCAGGACUUCUCCUGCAACCCAGAGCUGCACAGUGCUCUCAAUAGUGGGUGCCAAGGGGGAACACCGUGUGCCCCAAAUCCCUGCUGUCCCUCUGAGCUGUGACAACCCGUGGGCCCCCAGGUCCCCCUCGGAUGUCCCGGGUAUCCCCCAUGUCCCCCCUGUCAGGGUUAUCGGGGCGGCCCAGGCUGUGCCACACCCCAACUCCGCACCCUAAUCGGGGCUGCGCAGGCAGGGCCUUGGCUUGGACCUGGAGGCACCGGGAGCGUGCAAGGACGUGGAGGAGUGUGCAGGAGUGUGAGCAGCACAGCAAGGACACUCGGGAGCACACCAGGGUGUGCAAGUGUGAGGAAGGGCAUGGAGAAGGGUGGCAGAGUGUGUACCUGUGAGCCAGGACAUGCAGGGACUUGUCACAGCAUCCACAUGCGAACGAGGACAUACAGAAGUGUGACAGAGUGCGCCUGUGAGCAAGGACACACAGGGACACGCCAGAGCGUGCACAGGUGAACAAGGACAAGUAGAAACGUGCCAGAGUUUGUAUGCCUGAGCAAGGACAUGCAGGAACACACCAGAGUGUGCAUGGGACACACACGACAGGCACUCGCGUGGGUGCAGGGCCAUGCAGGAUACCUCAGUUCUGACUGUGACCCCAAAAACACAGCAACGGGGCCAUGCCUGCGAGCAUCCAAGGAGGAGAAAGAGGAGGAGGAGGAGGAAGAAGAAGAGGAGGAGGAGGAGGAGAUGACGCCGAAGGGAGCCACAGCAGGCCCAUGGGAGCAUUCCGAGCGCGGGCGCUCACCCACCCUUUAAAUCUCCCUCCGCCACUCCGGCACCUUCUGAGCAUCCCUCCCUGCCACAGCCACGCCACCACCAGCACCCGCCACCUGGGAAUUGUCAUUCCUGCCGCUCAGCGUGCGGAAAGCUGGGAACGCCAGCAUGCCGGCCUCGCCGCCAGCAUCCUGCGGCCGUGGCCCGGGCAGCGUUGCCUUCCCCGGCCAGCGGCUCGCCUCGGUGAAUCAGCACUUCCCGGUGAGGGGCUGGCACCGUGCCACCACCUCAGUCCCCCCGCCAGGCAUAGGGAAUGUCCCCCCACACCCCAAGAGUGGCCGGGGCAGUGGUUGGCACAUAGCACCUACGGCACCCUCAAACCCGUUCCCUGGCUCAUCCCUCACAGCCACAGCAUGCUGCCAGCAAGCCCAUUUCCAGUGCACAGAAACUCAUCAGAAUCCCCCAAAACACCCCAAAAUUCUGCCCCAUCACUGCCACCCAGAGCCUGGCGUGUCCCCAUUGCUCCACUUUACCAGAACACUUGGAUUUGGCAUCUCCCCCACAUCCACAAGCAGCCAUGCUCUGCUUGGGAAGGGGCAGGAGCCGGGGGGCAUCCCCCAGCCCCCCAACAGUCUCCUGCUUGCCAGGCGCAGGGCCAGGGCCGGGAGCAGAUGGUUCCUCUCGGCACGGCCGCGCGGCACAGCACGGGGCAGUUGGGCAUGGAAAGGCACGGCACAGCUCCUCCGGCAGCGAUGCCCUGCCCCGGCCAGGGCUCCCCAGCCACACUCCCACCCGCCAGGAGAAUUUGGGCUUCCCCAGGGCCACAUGCCGGCCGUGCCCGGACUGUCCCAUGUCACCCAAGCCGGUGACACGCACACGUGCUGACACUCCACAGACAUUUUUGGCUAUAAAUAGGCCUCCCCUGCGCACGGCUCUAGCUGAACCCCACUCCCUUCUAAAAAGCUGCCCCCCCAUACCCCAAAAUCACCAGACAGUGCCCCAAAACCACAUGAUAGCUAUAAAAUACUCCAUGGGGGGCCGUGCUGGCACCCAGCAGGGUUUUCUGAGUCUCCUGUGCUUGCCACCGUCUUCCAGGGCACCCCAAUCCCCUGGUUUGGGAGCUGGAGAUUUAUAAAGGGAAAAGCUGGGAAAUCAGGCCUGGGGGACCCCUAGGUUAUUGGGGUGAGGGUAAGAAUUCCCCCAGCCCGACACCCACCCAUGAGAAUCCUCUUGGCACCGGGACAAGGGGGACCAAGGGCACGGCGCCCCAAAAACCCUUCCCAGUAACCCUCCAGUUUGCCCAGUUGCUAAAAACUGGGGGACAAAUUGGGUUGGGUGAUGUGUCCCUCCAAGACUCUCAGGAUUCGGCUUUUCCACCGCGUCCCAACAGUGCUGGGAACACCAAGGACUAGUGUGGGGAUCCCUCCAGGGGUUGGCACCCCAGGAAAGUGUCCCCAGGGUGUCCCCACACUGUCCCCGGGCUGUCCACAGGGUGUCCCUAGAAAGUCACCGCCACUCGCCCGCCCCGUCCUUCCCGACAGCAGCCCCGAGGGACACGGGGUGACAGCAGACCCCCCGCCGCCGGCGAAAAGGGGGUUCAGGCUCCCCGGAGGGCUCUUCACCCUCGCCACCAAACUUUCCUCCGUGCCCACCGUCCCCCCACGGUACCGCGCCCGG